UAAAUAAAUAUCUUGAAUGGAGAUUCCAGCCAACGCCUUUCACAUGAGGACACAGGAUUUGGGAGGGGAAGGAGAAGUGAAUGAAGCAAGCUAUUGGUGUAGAGUGGCCGUUUGACGGACGGUUAUGGGAUUGUACACACCCUUCACCCACGGAUGGAGAUGGCAGGCAAACCGAGGGCCGCAGCUGCGCAGGCGCACUCCCAACCGCCGGGGAGGCGGUCGUUCGCUGCCCGCCCCACCGCAGUCGGGUGACGUCACGCGGCGGGCUCCGGAGUCAGGUGACAUCGCGGCGACCGUUGACGUUGCGUAGGCGUCGGCGAGGUGUUGACGAUGCGGCGACACGUUUUCCUGACGGGCCUGCCAGGUGUUGGUAAAACAACCUUAAUUCACAAAACCAUAGAUGUCUUGAAAUCUUCUGGGGUUCCAAUUGAUGGAUUUUAUACUGAAGAAGUCAGGAAAAAUGGAAGAAGAAUUGGAUUUGAUGUUGUUACAGUAUCUGGUAAGCGAGGAACUUUGUCCAGAACUAGGAAUGAUGCAGGUACUUUGAAUAGUGGGAGAUGUGAAUACAGAGUUGGUCAAUAUGCAGUGGAUCUUCCGUCAUUCGAACGUCUGGCUCUACCACUUCUCACAAAUGUUAAUGGCAAAGAUGACAAAGAGAAAAAGGUGUAUGUGAUAGAUGAGAUAGGAAAAAUGGAGCUCUUUAGUGAACCCUUUAUCCAGGCUGUACGUCAAAUCCUAGAUGGAACUGCUGCCACUAUACUCGGAACAAUUCCGGUCCCAAAGGGAAAACCUUUGGGUCUUGUGGAAGAUAUCAGAAGCAGAAGGGAUGUUAAAAUCUUCAAUAUUACAAAGGAUAAUAGGAACAGUAUUGUUCAAGAGAUUAUUGCAACAGUGCAAGACUGCAGAAAGUUGAAUGGAAACUGAAGUAUCAUCAAGAACCUGAGAUUUGGAUUGUGAUAAUUAAAGGAUGUAUGUGCUUUUUGAUUAGCCAUAAUUCUGUUUUAUGCUUCAGAGUUUCUGUUUUGUUUCAAAACCAACUUUUCAGUAAUGCUUAUGGAUUAAAAAUACUUCAAGUUGCUCUUUCAGCUUCCAAGGUACCGUGAUAAUUUCCUCUUGUAUAUAAAAGUGGUUAUUUUUGUUUACCCCCUGAUUUAUGUACAUGUUUUAAGAUGGUAGUUGAAUCGUUACAGGAAUGUGUUGUCAUUUGUCUUGUUGAUCAUUAUGCCUGUAUAGCAAGGGAUCUCAGCGUGAUGAAGACUAGUCCUUCACCAGGAAAUUAUUUGAAAUAAAGAUAAAUGAGAAAGUUCAUCAGUUUUCAGUAUUUCAGGUAAUUACUAAAUAGAAGAGAUUCUGCUGCUCUUUGAAUUCUGUAUUAAGAUUGCUCCUGUCAUCCAAUCCUGGUAUGUGAAUAAAUUCCUGGAAGUGGUUUGAGUUAUUGAUUAAAAUGUCUCUUUGAGUCUGCAUGUCUGUUGGUGUUGCUCUGCUGUUAAUCUAUUGAAACUCGUAAUCCUACAACAAAGAUGAGAGUGAACCAAAAAUCAGUCACAUAGAACAGAACAAGCCCUUCGCCCACAAUGAUGUGCCAACAUAGCUAAUCCAUCCAUUUUCCUCUUAUUCAUGGGCAAGGAAUAAUUAGGAAUCUCAAUACUGACAAGAGUCUGGUUACUGGAUAAAAGAUAUUCAUCCACACAAUAUAUUGUGUUCAGUGAAGUGUGUCAUUAUGACAUUGUAAGCUCUGAAUUUACAGAAAAUCAGGACAGGAUUUAUGCUGAGUUGUGGAUCAGUGGUGAAAGGGAGGGGCACAAAGAUCUGAUAUGUGAGUGACACAGUUCCAUCAUGAAACCCUUGCUCUUGGUCCAUAAGGCUGAUUAGAACAGCACAGGAACAGGCCCUUCGGCCCAUGAUGUUGUGCUGAAUUAAUUAAACUAAUGACACCCAAUCCCUUCUGCCUGCACAUGGUCAGUAUCCCUCCAUUCUCUGCUGCAUAUUCAUGUGCCUAAGAACCUCUUAAAUGCCUCCAUCACCACCCUUGGCAGUGCAUUCCAAGCACCUGCUGCUCUGUGUCAAAAAAAAAUCUGCCCCACACAUCUCCUUUGAACUUGCCCCCUCUCACCUUAAAUGCAUGCCCUGAAGAACUAGAUUAGAGGUACAGAUUGAGUAUUUGGCCACUAUCUUUUCCCCAGGAAAGUCAUAAGCUUCUAUCAGGUCUGAUAGAAGCUUAUGACUUCAGCCUCCACUGCUCCAGGGAAAACUCUGGUUUAUCCAACCUCUCCUUGUAGCACAUACCCUCUAAUCUGGGCAGCAUCCUGCUAAAUCUCUUCUGCACCCUCUCCAUAGCCUUCACAUCCUUCCUAUAAUGGGGCAAUCAGAAUUGAAUGCAGUACUCCAGAUGCAGCCCGAUUAGAGUUUUAAAGUUGUAAGAUCACUUCCUGACUCUUGAACUUAAUGCCUUUGACUAAUAAAGGCAAGCAUGCCAUAUGCCUUCUUUACCACCCUAUUGAUGUGAUUAAUAUAUCUUUGGUGGUCUUCAGUUUCAGAACUACCAAGGGUUGUUUGAUAAUCUGCAUUCCCGGAACUGCACCUAUCUAUCUUUAACGUGCAAACUGAUUUGUCCUGUCAGUACUCCAAAUGUGUUGAAGUUGUUAAAUAAUAUUAAGACAGAUAAAUCUCCAGGGCCUGACGGGAUUUUCCCCAGGCUGCUUCGAGAGGCUAGGGAGGAGAUUGUUGAACCGCUGGUAAGGAUCUUUGAGUCCUCGUUGUCCACGGGGAUGGUGCCAGAGGAUUGGAGGGUUGCGAAUGUUGUUCCCUUGUUCAAAAAAAGGUAAUUGGGAUAGGCCAGGGAAUUAUAGACCGGUGAGUCUCACGUCUGUGGUGGGUAAGCUGUUGGAAAGGAUUCUAAGGAAUAGGAUUUAUGGACUGAUUAGGGACAGCCAGCAUGGCUUUGUGAAGGGAAGAUCUUGCCUCACAAGCCUGAUAGAGUUCUUUGAGGAGGUGACCAGGAAGAUUGAUGAGGGCAGUGCGGUGGAUGUGGUUUGCAUGGAUGUUAGUAAGGCGUUUGAUAAGGUUCCUCAUGGUAGGCUUUUUCAGAAGGUCAGAGGCCAAGGGAUCCAAGGAAGCUUGGCUGUGUGGAUUAGGAAUUGGCUUGCAUGUAGAAAGCAGAGGGUUGUGGUGGAAGGAGUGCCCUCAGAUUGGAAGGCAGUAACUAGUGGUGUCCCGCAGGGAUCGGUUCUGGGACCUCUACUUUUUGUGAUAUCUAUAGAUGACUUGGUGGAGGGCUGGGUUAGUAGGUUUGCGGAUGACACUAAGAUAGGCGGUGUUGUGGAUAGUGUGGAGGGCUGUCGGAGCUUACAGAGGGAUAUUGAUAGGAUGCAGAGCUGGGCUGACAAGUGGCAGAUGGAGUUCAAUCCGGAGAAGUGUGAGGUGGUACACUUUGGAAGGACAAACUCCAGGGCAGAGUACUGGGUGAAUGGCAAGGUACUUGGCAGUGUGGAGGAGCAGAGGGAUCUGGGGGUUCAUAUUCACAGUUCAUUGAAAGUUGCCUCACAGGUGGAAAGAGCAGUUAAGAAGGCCAAUGGGAUGUUGGCUUUCAUAAGUCGUGGGAUUGAGUUUAAGAUCUGCGAGGUGAUGAUGCAGCUUUACAAAUCUCUAGUUAGGCCACACUUAGAGUACUGUGUUCAGUUCUGGUCGCCUCAUUAUAGGAAGGAUGUGGAGGCGUUGGAGAGGGUGCAGAGGAGAUUUACCAGGAUGCUGCCUGGAUUAGAGAGUAUUGAAUAUGAGGAGAGGCUUAAGGUGCUAGGGCUUUAUUCACUGGAAAGGAGGAUGAGAGGAGACAGAGGUAUAUAAAAUACUGAGAGGAAUAGACAGACAGUCAGCGCCUCCUUCCCAGGGCACCAAUGCUCAAGAUGAGAGGGCAUGGCUUUAAGGUUAUGGGGUGAGAGGUUCAGGGGAGAUGUCAGGGGGAGGUUUUUCACCCAGAGAGUGGUUGGUGCAUGGAAUGCGCUGCCUGGGGUGGUGGUGGAGGCAGAUACAUUGAACAGGUUCAAGAGCUUGUUGGAUAGGCAUAUGGAGGAGUGUGGGAUGGGGGAAUAUGUGGGAGGAAGGGGUUAGGUAGUGUGAGGGUGGUUUGAUGGACAGCACAACAUGGUGGGCCAAAGGGCCUGUUUUGUGCUGUAUGGUUCUAUGGUUCAAAGAGUAAAGGUAGUGUGCUUGCCUGUCUGUGACAUUGGAACAACUUAAACUAGGCAUUUGCACUCUAGUACUUUCUCAGGCUGCUCAGCUGCAUACCAUGAGAAUGAGAUACAACAUUGGAAUCCAUGCUCUUAACAAACCCAUCAGACUACAGAUAUUCAAAGAUCUUGCUGUUCGACUUUGGCCUCUAUUUGCAAAUGAAGCAAUGGUAGUUAAAGCAGCCUUUCCCAUCCAGAAAAUUUAGAUUAAUCCAGUAAAUAAAACAAAAGUGUCUAAGAUAUUCUGGUUUCAAGGACCAGAGUGCCAGAGUUUGGUGAAUGCAAGUGGCCUGAGGGCUACCUGUACCUUUGAGCAGCAUUCUAAUAUAUUUGCCAUCAGCCUUUUUUGUAUUGGACUAUCUACUACAACUGCUACACUCUGUACUGAGUCCAAUUAAGAUUUUAAAAAGAUGGCAAUCUUAAAGAAUGUCACCUUUAUUAACCUCUUAUUAUGUUGAGGAUUAUCCAUUUAAAGUGUUAAAGACUAUUGGGAAGGAGAGGAGGCCAACAGCUUGAAGCAGUAACUGACCUUGCUGGCAUGAGGAGACUGAAAUGGCACUGUAUUUGCUUACCUAACAAUUGGCUAUAGUUCAGUAGUAAUUAAUUGGCUGUAAAGUAUCUUGGAUCACCUGAAGAGGUUAUCAACCUGAGUAAAGUUUCAGGGCUAAAACGACACAUUGCUCUUGCACUAUCCAGCACAAUUUGGAAAUAAUGCAUUAACUGUUUAAAAUUCAUGAUUUUACUCAAAGCAGAAAGUGAUCAACUGAUCACACGUUAAGUGGGACAAGUGAAUUCUUUAUAGCAAAUGGUUGCAUUUGAAAAGAUGUGAACUGUACAUCUUUGUGAUUUGUAAAUUGUAAUACUAAUUGAUUGUUUCUCUCAGGUUUUAGUUUUUUAAAAAGUGAAAUUAAAUGGAGAUAUUUAACAGGUAUAAAAUGAUCUUGUUUAAGGAUGAAGUCUUGGAAGCGUGGCGACACUUGUGGGCGGCCCUCAGAACACUACGCAAAAGAUGCAUUUCACUGUGUGUUUUGAUGUACAUGUGACUAAUAAAGAAAUCUUGUCUUGGUUACGCA